AUGGUCUUCGGUCGAUCCCACGCCACUGCCGGACACAACCUGUUUGGUCAACCCGUCCAGUCUACACACAUCCACAUCUGCGGUCUUUACUACAUUGAUCCGCAUCGCUAUCUAAGAACCACGCGGCAAUACCUUCCCACACUUUCCCAGUCGGCACACGCUCGCAUCAUUGCAUCGACAUCUCGGACCACCCUCACCCAGACCUUUGUCAACCCUUCACCGACAGAACCCACCCCCGAGCUUCGCUACACCUUCCCCCUCUAUGAUGGCGUCUCCGUAGUUGCCUUUACCUGCACCAUCAACAACGAUCGUGUCAUUCGCGGCGUAGUCCAGGAGAAGACCGCAGCCCGCAACACAUACAACCAGGCUGUUGCCAAGGGCCAGACAGCCGGCCUCCUGGAGCAACUCCCCGACGCAAGUGAUGUCUUCACCACCACCAUCGGCAACGUCCCCGCUGGCGCCGAGAUUGCAAUCGAGAUCGAAUACCUCGGCGAGCUGAAGCACGAAGCCGAAGUUGACGGCAUCAGAUUCACCAUUCCCACUUCCGUUGCACCACGAUAUGGCGCAUUCCCCGGCGAGUUGCUGGCCAAGCCCACAAACGUCUCUGCAAAGGACGGAAUCCGCAUUGUAGUUGAUGCCGAGGUGCCAACUGGAAGCGUCAUCAAGUCCAUUCAGUCGCCUUCGCAUCCCAUUUCUGUUUCCGUCGGCUCAACUUCCACUAUGAACGCCAAUGCCACCCCAUCUCUCCAGCUUGCGAGUGCCACCCUCACCCUGGGCACUGCUCAACUAGACAAUGACUUCAUUAUCCAGGUCAUUGCGACAAACACCUCCAACCCUGUUGCUGUCCUCGAGACACACCCCACUAUUCCCCAUCAGCAGGCCCUCAUGGCCACCCUUGUGCCCAAGUUCAAGCUUGCUGCCACCAAGCCCGAAGUCGUCUUCAUCUGCGAUCGCUCUGGUUCCAUGGAGGGUAACAAGAUGGAGGAUCUCAAGAAUGCCCUCAGAGUCUUCAUGAAGUCUUUGCCUGUCGGUUCCAUGUUCAACAUCUGUAGUUUCGGUUCAAGGCAUGAUUUCCUGUUCCCGAAGUCUGUCAUGUAUGACCAGAGCACCUUGGAAACUGCCAUGCGACACAUUGAUACCUUUUCCGCCAACUACGGAGGCACCCAGAUCUACAACCCCAUUGAGACGACCUUCAAGCGACGCCACAUCGAUCUCGACCUUGAGACUUUCGUCCUCACUGACGGUGAGGUUUGGGACCAAGGUCGCCUCUUUGGCAUGGUGGAUAGAAUGACUCAGGAGUCCAAAGGCGCGAUCCGUCUCUUUACCCUGGGUGUAGGCAAAGACGUCAGCCACUCUCUCAUCGAAGGCCUUGCUCGAGCCGGAAACGGCUUCUCGCAGUCUGUCUCUGAGAAUGAGAAGAUGUCUGGCAAAGUCGUCCGCAUGCUCAAGGGAGCCCUCACUCCCCACGUCAAUGACUAUACCCUCGAAGUCAAAUAUGCCGAUGCCGAGUCUGAGACGGAGCCUGAAGACGACUUUGAUAUCAUCGAACCCGAAGAUGCGGCUCGCGAGAAGACUGCCGACAGCAAGGAACCCGAGAAGCCCGCAAAGCCGAUUUCCCUCUUUGACAAUAGCGCAGAUGAUGACGUUGACAUGGAAGAUGCUCAGCCUCAAGGCGACAACUCUGGUCUAGAGCGGUACUCCCACAUUCCGACAGUGAAGCCACCCAAAAUUCUUCAAGCUCCCUUCCAGAUCCCGCCUCUCUUCCCCUUUAGCCGUACCAGCGUCUAUCUUCUGCUUUCUCCCGACAGAGAGCUGAGGUCCAAGACUCCAGAGUCCUUGGUUCUGCGUGGCACUUCAUCUCAGGGUCCUUUGGAGCUCCGAAUCCCCAUCACUGUGCUUGAUCAGAAGGCCAAGACGAUUCAUCAGCUCGCUGCUCGCAAGGCUGUCAAGGAACUGGAAGAAGGCCGUGGCUGGAUCUACCACGCAAAGAGUAGAGACGGCAACCUUCUCCAGUCGCAACAUCCCGGCCGCUUCCCCAGCAUGGUCGAGCGAGAGGCCGUCCGACUUGGCAUCCAGUUUCAGGUUGGGGGCAAGUGGUGCUCCUUUGUUGCGGUUGAGCAGAACAACACUCGAAACAUCGAGCAGAUUGGCGCUGCCAACCCAGAGCAAGCCAGAGCUGGGAUAUCUAAGCCAGAUGCGACUCGACAGAGUCAGGCAGUGAUGAAAAAAACUAGGGGAGGAAUGGCCCAGCAACAGCAACAGCCCGCAGCACCUAGGAGCUUCGGCUCCGGCCAGCCCGGCGGAUCCUUGUUCGGCCAGUCCACAGCCCCUUCCCCGUCGUCUACCUCAGCUGCCGGUGGUCUCUUUGGUUCUCGUUCUCCUAGCACUGGUGCCUUUGGCGCGGCCCCGUCUCCUGCGAGCCACACCGGCGGAGGGGUUCAGCUCUUUGGUGGACCUGGCGGAGGCUUGUUUGGUCAUCCCGCAGCCCCUACAGCCCCUGCUCCGUCGUCUACUCCAAAUGUUGGUGGUCUCUUCGGCUCGUGCUCUCCAAGCACUGGCGCAUUCGGCGCAGCCCCAGCCCGAUUAUUUGGUCAACCCCAGGCUGCCAACUCCAUCUCCCCCAAGCCCCAGACUGGAGGUCUCUUUGGUGGCCCUCCUCAGUGGUCUGCCAGUGGACAAUCUGUUUCCUCCAUGCCCCAGAGCGGAGGUCUCUUUGGUAGUGCAAGCCCACCUCCCCAGUGGUCUGACGGACAGCCUCCCAUCGUUCAAGCGGCCGCGCUUGCUCCUCCCACGGCCCAGGUUGAUGGAGCUUUGCUUGAUCAAUACCAACGGGAGAUGAGUGAAGCUGCAUGCAUGUCCCUCCCUGAAGAAAUUUCUGACGAUGAUUGGGAAAAUGAAGCUUCCCCGGCUGCAGUCCCUGCUGUCGCUGCGACUCUUGACCUCUCGAUGAAGAAGAAGAACAUGCCACCAUCUCCUGAUCAGUUCUCUGCCAUAGUAUCGCUUCAGAACUUUGACGGCAGCUGGGACUCUUCAAAGGAACUCUUCGACAUCAUUGGCAUCACUUUGGAUGUGGUUAAGGACACUUUGUACCGCCUUGAUGUUGAUGACGAGAGAGUCAUGUCUACCUCUGCAGUCAUUUCUUUCCUGCGCCAGGUUCUCACAGAGGAACGGGACAGUUGGGAGGUGCUGGAGGAGAAGGCGGUCGCUUGGCUCGAGGGGGAGUUGGGCGAGGAGACGGCCCAGAAGUUUUUGGCUAUUGCCGAACGUCUGUUCUAA